AUGUCGUUUGUACUUGUCACUGGGGGAGCAGGAUACAUAGGAUCCCAUACGGUGGUCGAGCUAAUUCAAAAUGGCCACCAAGUGGUGAUCGUUGACAACCUCUCGAAUUCGUCCUAUGACUCGAUUUCGCGCAUCGAGUAUCUCACAAGGUCAAAGGUACCGUUCCACAAGGUCGACCUCACUGAUUAUAGCGGCCUGGAUGCCGUGUUCGACCAAUACGAGUUCAAAACAGUGCUGCACUUUGCCGGACUCAAGGCCGUGGGCGAGUCUGCUCGCAAUCCUCUGAAAUAUCACAACAAUAACGUGAUUGGUUCAAUAAACCUUCUGAGAACCAUGCAGUCCCAUGGAUGCAAAAGCAUUAUUUUCAGUUCCUCGGCAACUGUGUAUGGAGACGUUACGCGACUUGAGGGCCAGAGAAUCCCAAUUGUGGAAACAUGUCCUACGCAACCAACCAAUCCAUACGGCCAAACCAAGCUUGCGGUUGAAAACACUCUGCGUGAUGUGUUUGCUGCGGAUCAGCAGUGGCGAAUCGCGAUUCUGCGUUACUUCAACCCCAUAGGCGCCCAUUCCAGCGGGCUUCUUGGAGAAAACCCCCACGGAGUUCCCGAUAACUUACUUCCUUUGAUAGCACAGGUGGCUUCUGGACGCGGCAAGUUCAGCGUCUUUGGUACGGACUAUGACUCGGUGGACGGAACUCCCAUCCGCGACUAUGUGCAUGUGGUGGACCUGGCACAGGGUCACGUAGCUGCACUGCAUCAUCUAGACGGACUCAAGGAAGGCACGGGAAUCUGCAGGGAGUGGAAUCUAGGUACAGGGACUGGAAGUACAGUGUUCGAGGUUCACAGCAGUUUCGAGCGUGCUAGUAAUCGCAAAGUCCCAUACACAGUUGCUACACGGCGCCCAGGGGACGUGCUCAACCUCACCGCAGAUGUCUCGCGUGCCGCGACAGAACUCGGGUGGCGUGCACGGUUGACGGUGGACAAGGCUUGCGAUGACCUGUGGCUGUGGACAGAGAGACACCCGAGCUCGGGUUACCAGAACGUGGACGGUAGAGUGCGACUCUCGUCGGCGACAGGCGCCAUAAAGGUGCAGAUUGGUGCACAGGGUGACAUAGAGAGUAUCACGAUCGGUACCCAGCGCCUCCAGGGCACCAGGAUCCAAUUCAAAAAUCUGUACGGCCCAGCAGUGCGGCGCACUUCUAAUGGCUUCGCGGUUGAGUAUGCUACUGAUACCACGCCAAUCGUAUAUCAGUUCGAGUUCCAGUCCGAAUCCCGAGUUUGCUUCACUCUUUACGAAAUCGGUGCCGAGUCCCUGCCAAGAUUCGAACAGGUGUUCGAGGCAGUGUCUGAGAAGUAUGCAUGUUCUUCUAGCACGUUUGAGAUCGUGGACGAAAUGGUUGAGACGUAG